AUGUACUCGUAUUCGAGUUAUUUUCUAGAAAAAUUGAGAUUUCAUCAUCCUGAACAGAAUUUUCGAACGGUAUCUAUAACAAUAAAAGUUUAUCUCGUAAUCAAAGUCGAUUUGGAUUCUGUGGCUGGUAGUGGUGGAUUUUAUCUUGUUCAUAUACUUGAUAUAAUUCAUGCAUUAUGUGGUUAUUGUUCGGAAUCAAAUGUUGGUCUUGCACAUUAUACACCUUAUAUUUCAACAAAAAGUGAUACAAAUUUACGACAAACAUAUUCAAAUAAUUUUGGUAAUACACAACUUGGUGUUGGACCACAAGGUAUUGAUAGAUUUAUAUUAAAUAUAAUGUUUAAACCAUUUAUUACACGUCUUAUAAUGAUGAAAAAAUAUUUAAUGAGUUCAAAAAAUGUUGCUUUAUAUGUGAUUUUUUCAUCAUUACUUGAUCCAGAGAAAAAUCUUAAAAUAUUUCAACAACAGGAAUUAAAUGCAAAAUUAAAAUCUAAAGGAGCACAUACAUUUGCUCGACAUGAUGCUACGAGUAGAAGUGGAAAAGGCACUCUACUUAAUCGCGAUUCAUCAGAAGAUGCUGAUUUUGAUCGACAUGGUAGUACUACACUGUAA